AUGGAGGUACAAAGUCCAGAAACAAAAGUUGAAACUAACUAUUAUCUUGGUGUUUACGAUCCUCGAAACUAUAUACCAUGGCCAGCGGCUAGUUUAGAAAGAUUAAAUGAUAUGGAGAAGAGCUUAUUAAGCAGCGUCAAGACAAAGUUAGAGUUCAAGAAAGUUAAGGUAUGCUAUUAGAUGUUAGUGUUUACUUUUAGGUAUAUCUCGGUUGAGAAUUGAUGAAAGACUUUGUAUUUAAGCUUUUUUGAAAGUCAGUUUUAUAAUCUAGCUAACAGUAACAAACAUUACAGGUCAGACAUUGGAAUGGUUUGGUAGACACGCUUAUAGCCAAGCAAGAGCCAUUAGAAGCUGAAAAACAAGAUAUCCCGUUUGUGCUGUUACAUGACAUGUUUUUGGGCAAAGCUGUGUGGAAUCAGAAUCUUGAUGAGUUGUCAAAGAAGCGCACUACAUACGCUUUUGAUUUGCUUGGUUGGGGUAAAAGUUCCAGGCCAGAUUUUCCAGCCGAACCAACUUUGGCUGAAUUGGAAUGGGUUCGAACUAUAGAAGACUGGCGGAGAGAGAUGAAGAUAGAGAAGAUGAUCCUGGUUGGACAUGGUUUAGGUAUGUUUUUUAUUUUGUAAUUAGUAUUGGGUUUUAGGUGGAUAUUUGGCUGCUUCGUACGCUUUGGAGCACCCAAGUCAUGUUAGGCACUUGGUGUUGUUGGAUCCUUGGGGAUUUGUGCCGAAGCCGAAUGAUGAGCAGGUAAACAGAUGUGACUUGAAUUUAUAAUAUUGUUUUAGAGCUAUGCUUACCAAUGGAUACACACAUUGGGAUAUUACUUGUCCAAGUUCAAUCCUUUGACGCUUUUGAGGUUUUUGGGUCAGCUAGGUAAGUAUCUUUAUAUAUUUUUCUGUUUUACGGUGUUUUUAUGCAUUCUCAUUGUUUUGGAUAGAUUUUAAAACCGUUUUUGAUUAAUUUUCUUAAUUUAUCUCUAAAAACUUGUUUGUUUUUUCUUUCUUUCACCUUUUUCUUCUUAUAUUAUCCAUAACCCUUUUAGCACCUCCAUUUCUUCGCCGUUUUCGAGGCGAUUUGUAUAAAAAAUUUAACUCAGAAGACCCUAAUGCAAUAUACGAAUACAUAUAUCAAGCAAAUGCCCGAAAUCCAACAGGCGAAUCAGCUUUACAUUAUCUUAGCUACGAUUUCUGUUGGCCAAAGCGGCCAAUGAUUGAGAGAUUCGUAGGCAUUGAUUCUAACGUUCCGGUGACCUUUAUAUGUGGCACUAGAAGUAAUAUCAGCCCGGAACCGUACUAUGAGGUUCAGAACCAUCGUAGCGAUUGCUAUAUUCGUAUGGAGGUAAGGGAAUGAAGCUUCAGAAAAAAAAAUUUUAUGUGGUUGGACAUGAUUGAUCGUAUAACAUGGUUAAUAAUGGUAAAAAUUAAAUUUCAGUUCACUAACUCUGGUCACCACGUUUACGCUGACAGUCCAGAAGAGUUUCACAUACUAAUGUACGAAAUAUCCGAUCAAGUAGAUACCGAUGAGGACCUGAACCGUGAUAACGUAUAUACUGAUGAUGAAUAA